GCUCAUUUGUCGCGAGGCGGCGCGGCCGGCGAAGGAGGACCGAAUCAGCGUCUGCUGCGCGCGCGCGCGCUCAAACUACGGAAGUUCAACCACCAUCGCAGUUUUCAGGACUUCGCUUGGCUCGGGAAGAGGAAGGAGGAAGACGCAGUGCAAAGCGACGAGGCCGGAAUGUGGUGCUUGGGACGGUAGGUUUCAGCAUUAGGAAGCUUCCCCUAGGUCUGUUGGCAGAACAGGAGGCAAGCCAUGGCCGUCAAGAUUCGUCUGCAGCGGAAGGGCAGAAUCCGUCUUCCAAUUUACCGCCUGGUAGCGGCGGAUAGCAAGGCUCCUCGGGACGGCGCGUUCAUCGAGAUUCUGGGGCAGUAUGAUCCGAAAGCAGGGAGGCCUGGCAUGAACCACACAAUCAACGUCAAGGCCGAGCGCAUCCAGCACUGGCUGGACUGCGGCGCCCAGCCCACCGAGACCGUUAGCAGCCUGCUCCGUCAAAUCGGCAUGCUCCCCAUGGUCGACUUCAACAAGAAGGAGGAGCCCUACUACGGAAGCCGCAAGAAGAAGGACGAGGAUAAGAAGAAGCGCGCCAAGAAGGCGUCCGCCGUUCUUUCCGCCCCGGUCGCGCCUCGGGCCGCGCCGGUCGUCCCGGCUCCCAUGAUGGAGCCGUUUGGGUCGUCCUUUAGAGGAACCGCCGUGGCUGCUAGGCCUUCGUUCAGGCUGCAGUCGGCCAACGGGUUGUCUGCCAUUAGGUCAGGUAGUCGGGUUGCAGCUCCGGGGCUCGCGACGAGCCAAAUGCGCUCGAUGAGCAUGGUGGGCAUGCGGAGCGCACUGCAGAGAGUGGCGUGCGUAUGCGGAAUUUAAACGGAAUGAUUUAGAAGGGGUGACGCCUUGCAGUAGACUUCAGCAGGUAACAACUGUGCACCGAUGGCGAAGGAGGCUAAAAGGGUCUCCUCACAUUCUUGAUCUGGGCUUUUAAAACUAACUCUUGACCAGCCAGUGGAUAUCAACCCUCUUCGAUUUGCCACUCUGCGGAAGCUAACAUUCUCGGGACUGGCAUUUGCCGAAUCCAGCAGGCGACAACUUGACCUGCAUUUAAUGCCGGCCGCAGUUUCUGUUGUGGCCUGCCAUCAUUCUACUGAU